AUGUCUCCGGCACGGCUCAAGGACCUCGGUCUCGUCGUCACCCCCGAAGCCGCGCUCGUCUGUCAAACGUGUCGCCACGCGCUCCCAGCUCAACCGGCCGCCGUUCGACGGCACCUCCGUCAGACUCACCUCCUCGACCGUGAUGGCCAGACCGGCCUCGACGAACUCGCGUCCCGGACCUUGACCGACAUCGCGCACCUGCAGCCACGCUCGGACGAGUCGCCCGAGGACCCGCUGCUCCGAACGGCGCCUGGCUUUUGGGCGGUCUCGGGAUCCACGGCGCGUCGAGCAUGGAUCGUCUCGCCCGCGUCCGAUCGGACCGCCGUGGCGGGGGCGAAGCGUAAAGCCAGCUACCACUAUGGCCAGCGACGCCGCACGAAGAAGGUGACGGUGGUCGCCCCCGCUCGCCAGCGAGCCCUCCUGGCCCAGGUCGCGCUCCCGGCGGCCUUGUUGACCAGCCAUGAGCGAGAACGACGACGACUUCUUCCGUCGUCCGACCUCUCGCCGGCUCGGGUGCCCCAUCAACUCGACCAGAUCGUAGCAACGACGCCAUGGCUGCAACGGACGGCCUGGAUCGAGCUAUUCGGUCGCGCCCCGCGAGACGUGCUGGCCACGAUGACCCAGUAUCCCGGUCGGGCGUCUCGCACGGACGGUCUUGACUUGGGCACCGUCGACGGCCGAGAAUUCCGGAUCCCGGGUGAGCUUCACCCAAUCGUGUUUCAACCCGAACAACAAAAUCUUCUUUCGAGGAUCUGGGAGAUCCUCGAAUCGUCUUCUCAGCCGACACACGCUCACCCCGACAUCGACGAUGGUGAUGUCGAGAGUGACUCCGAGAGCGAGUACGAGAACGACGGCUUCGAUGAGAGCGACGAGGAAAGCGACGAGGAGAGCGAUACCAGAAGUGACAUCGACAAGGAGGAUUCACUCACGACCGACUCGGCGCCACUUUCUCCGUUGGCUUCGACACCUUCAUUCCUCGACGACCCGCUCACUCGACUGAUUUACCAAUUUAAUCUCUCUCUGUGCAUGGACGAAUUCCACGACGGUCAGCCCGCUUCCAGCCCGUUCAUCGUCCUCACCGGGAUCUUCGGCCUCACGCCCAAGGGCGAUGGCUAUUAA